AUGGCAGAACUCACUUUUUAUCUAAUUUUUGUUUCCUUUGCAGUCGUAUUAGGUUCAUUACAAUUUGGUUAUCAUAUCGGAGAACUUAAUACACCAAAAAGUGCAAUUUCAUGUGAAAAUAUUCCGUCAGAUGGACCUUAUGAUGGUUUUCUUUCACCAUGUAUUCCAAUGAAUGAAGGAGAGUUUAGUUUGCUUACAUCAAUUUUUAACUUGGGUGGAUUAGUCGGAGCAUUAAUUUCUCCACGCGUCGCUGAUAAUAAAGGAAGAAGAUGGACUUUGAUGUUCAAUACAAUUUUUUUACUCCUUGGACCUACCACGAUGGGAUUUUCUAGUUCUUUUACCACAUUAGUUUUUGGUAGAGUAAUCUCCGGUAUUGGUAGUGGCGUGGUUAGUGUAGUUGUCCCAAUGUAUCUCGCUGAAGUCUCACCUGCAGAAUAUCGCGGUACCUUUGGUGUAAUGAAUCAACUUGGAAUUGUAAUUGGUAUAUUAUUUUCACAAGUCCAAGGAUUGUAUCUUUCAUACAUACCAGGAUGGAGAAUCAUUAUAUUGUUUGCGUCAGCUUUAUCAAUUGUACAAAUGGUUUUUCUUGGAUUUGCGACAGAAUCACCAAAAUACCUUGUAACAACACCGGGAGGAUAUCAAUCAGCAAAAAGAGCUUUACAACGAUUAAGAGGUAGAAUUGACGUAGAAGAAGAAUUAGGGGGAUGGAGACAGGUAACAUCAGAAGAAGGAUUAGAGGGAUUAAUCAGUCAACAACAGGAAGAAGACACGUUAAAUUCACAACAACAAUCAGAGUUGUCACCACAAAAUGUUCCAGAAGUUGACACAGUAGAAUCACCACCUGUAGUUUUUCUUGCAAGAAACACCUGCUCAGAUGAUUUCAGUAUAUGGAAAUUUGUUACUAAUUUACAUUAUAGACCAGCAUUGAAGGUAUUAUUAUUUGUACAAUUUACACAGCAAUUUUCAGGUAUCAAUGCGGUAAUAUUUUAUUCUACAACGAUAUUAUCAACAAUAUUACCAACAUCAAGUGAUUUAAUUACGGUAUAUAUUAGCAUAAUGAAUAUGAUCAUGACCAUCAUAUCAGCAUAUUUGAUGGAUAGGGCAGGAAGAAGGACAUUGUUACUUUACUCAAUAUCGUUGAUGAGUUUAUGUUCGAUUUUAUUAGCAUUUAGUAUAACGCAUGAAUUAGCAUUACUUUCUUCAAUAUCAAUAAUUGGAUUCGUAGCCACAUUCGCUAUCGGAUUAGGUCCUAUACCAUUUUUAAUCAUACCUGAAAUAGUUGAUACUCGUGCUGUAGCGACAGCGUCUAGUCUAGGGUUAUCCGUAAAUUGGAUAAGUAAUUUUUUAGUCGCUUCAUUAUUUUUAGAAGGUCGAGUAAUGUUAGGAGGUAAUGUUUUUUAUAUCUUUGCAGCCUAUUUAAUCAUAGCCUAUAUUAUUGCUAUACGUAUUUUACCAGAAACCAAAGCUAAAACUGUUGAAGAAGUUUGGCGUGGUUGGAACGGAAAGUUUGUUAAAUAA